AUGACCAAAAGGGUAGCUGAUGGAGGUGUCGUGAAAAAAGAAAAUUUGUCAUGGACAGAUCAUAUGGAUAAUGUUCUCUUUGAAUAUUUGGUAAAGGAAGAUCAAAUAGGUAAUCGGGUGAAUGGUACAUUGACUUUGCAAGCAUAUGCGAACAUGAUUGCAACGAUGAAUAAACAGUUUAACAAGUCUAUUACAAAAGCAAAUAAGGAGGUAAUUUUGGAGAACGAAAGCAAAGAUGAUGAUGAGGACAUUCAAAUAGUGUCAGCAAUGGAUGUUUCACCCGAUGGGAUUUCUAAAGCCAAGAAGCUGAAGACUGAUGCAGUCACCUUUGCGAUCUUCUCAGCCAUCAUAGUUGACACAUGCUUCCUGUUUGCUGGGAUGACAGUGGCCUUUGAUGUCUGUCCACCACUCAUGCUUGACCCAUAUUUCUGCUGGUUAUCACCCAUCAGAUUCUCCUAUUGUUUGAUAGUUUUUCCAGCCUCUAAAUAUACUUAUAAUGAUUAA